UUGGUAACGGAAUAACUGUGUGUCUAGACGUUCCUGACUCGGUGACUUCAGUUAAAGGUCGUAGAUCCCGGUGAUAUUUCCAGAGAGGGUAGUAACUGGAGCGAACAAAUAUUUUCGUACUGCUACUGGCCAUCGGGGAGAGGGGAUGGCAAAUAACGGGAAUCUAUUGUCUCAUUUCUCUGCAAUUCUUGGUGUUCCGGAACAGGUGUCACUCUCUUUCCGGCCUUUGGUUGCGUUAGAGGGUAUUGACUUUCGUUCCGCGUUCUUGUUUUUCUUUGUAUUGUUGCUAUUACUACCAAUAGUUGCCAACAUGAAGAGGUCGAGGACAAGCGAACUGUGGUCAUAUUUCGAAAUUCUUGAUCGAGAGUUUACGAAAUGUACUUUGUGCAGUAAGAAAUUAUCGUACAAAUCGACGACGAAUUUAAAGAAACAUCUCCAGAAAUCACAUUUAAUUGUGAAUUUCUCUUCACAAAGACCUUCGGAGCUAGAUUUGGGUGAAACCCUUCCUGUAGAGGUGAUCCUUGGCACCAGUAGUGUGGAAGAGGAGCGAGCUGCUCUAGCCCCCUCAAUGCAGCAAGGUGUUCAAAGUUCUAUGACAUCGUACCUCUCCAAAAGGAUCGGAGUGAAUCAGAAAAAGAAGAUAGAUGGGCAACUUCUUCAGCUGUUCACUAAAGACUUCCAACCAUUUUCAGUCGUUGAAGAUUCGGGAUGCAGUGAAGACUUCAUUGUACUAUUCACAGUUGAUUUUCAACAACUGACAGACGAGGAAUGGAACAUCUGCUCAGAACUCUGCUCUGUGUUGAAGCCAUUUGCACAGGUUUCAACACAGCUUAGUGCUGAGUCAUAUCCUACCGGCAGCCAAGUUAUUGUUCUGACAAGGGGAUUAUUAUCAGUGUGUGCAGAACUUUUGAAAAGGCCAUUUAACAGUGUGACAAGGACCAUCAUUGAAGAAUUAACAACAGGCCUGAAGGACCGUUUCCACAAUGUAGAGAUGAGCAAAUCUAUAGGAGUAGCCACUCUACUAGAUCCACGCUUUAAAUCUCUUGUGUUUGAAAGCCGAGUUGCAGCAGAUAAUGCAAAGAAACAGCUUAUUGAACUAGUAGCAGAAAAGAUGGGUGACAGAAGACUGACAAACACAGGCCAGAGCCAUGAAACUGUGUCAACUUCAACCACCACUGAUCCCUUGUCAGUAUGGGGUGUCUGUGAUGCAAUUGUAAAAUCAACACAGCCCCAGGGCACUCCUCAGUCAGCUGCUAUUGUGGAAGUACAAAGGUACAUGGACAGCCCAGUUAUUAGUAGAAGUGAGGAUCCACUGGCAUGGUGGCGUGAAAAUCAAUAUAUUUUCCCAAAUAUUGCUAAAGUGGUGAGGGAAAAAUUCAAUAUAGUGGCCACUUCUGUGCCGUGCGAAAGAAUAUUUUCUAAAACUGGUAUCAUUAUAAAUGAAAGGCGAACACGGCUGAAGGCGUCCAAAGUUGAGAAACUUAUAUUUCUAAAUAUGAACAGUACUAACUCCUGAAUUUCCUGUUACAGGUGGAUUCGAGAGGCACACCAACACCAGCAGAUGAGUCUCCGUUUAAUUCUUGGGAUAUUAUAACAGUAAGGUA